GUGGCCUCACGAUGCGGAGAAAGGGGGGUGGUCACCUUUUGGCACGCUUGGGGUCGACGGAGGCGAACUCGGAAAAGCUCCUCGGGGGACAUGGCCUUCUUCGCCUCCAGCAUGCAAGAGAACACCCAGCCGCCGUCCCCCUUCUGCUUCCCAGCGCCGCCGCCCCAGUCGAACGAGGCGCUGCGGCGGUGUUUGGUGGGGCGCGGCGGCGAGGACGACGUUCCCGGGCGGUCCAUGUCCAUGGAGGUGACGAAGAGUUCGUCCUCGGGGCCGGCAAUCUCGGCCAGGUCGUCGGAAUGCUGGCGGAAGGCCACCUGCCCACCUCAGAUCUGGCGCGGCGGUGGUGAGGAGGGUGGUGGUGGUGACCCCCCGCCGCGGGGUAAUGGUGGUGGCGCUUCAGGUUGUUGCGGUUCCGCCCUGGCGGCGACGGCUUCGGCGGCUCGCCUCGCCGGGGCUGGGCGGCAUCGCCAUUUGCUUUGCGGCCGCGCAGCAAACAUAAAUCAGCAAUGUGUGGCAACUGGCAACAGCAUACUAAAAUUUAUGGAAAGGAAGCAGAAGGCCUGAUAAAGAAUCAUCACCUCAGCACAGGCUUUUGGGAGAACAAGGCGUCCUAUGCGGCC